AUGGCUACAGCUAUAGAGCCUCAGUGUGGGGUGAAACUCCCUCUGCCUACCCACACAACCCAGCCCCCUCCUCUUCCCAACACAACCCAGCUACCCUCCUCUUCCCAACACAACCCAGCCCCCGUCCUCUUCCCAACACAACCCAGCCCCCGUCCUCUUCCCAACACAACCCAGCCCCCCGUCCUCUUCCCAACACAACCCAGCUCCCCUCUUCUUUCCAACACAACCCAGCUCCCUCUGCCUACCCACAACCCAGCCCCUCCUCUUCCCAACACAACCCAGCUCCCCUCCUCUUCCCAACACAACCCAGCCCCCCUCCUCUUCCCAACACAACCCAGCCCCCCGUCCUCUUCCCCACAACCCAGCCCCCUCCUCUUCCCAACACAACCCAGCCCCCAGCCCCCCGUCCUCUUCCCAACACAACCCAGCCCCCGUCCCCCCACUCUUCCCAACACAACCCAGCCCCCUCCUCUUCCCAACACAACCCCCCCGUCCUCUUCCCAACACAACCCAGCCCCCUCCUCUUCCCAACACAACCCAGCCCCCUCCUCUUCCCAACACAACCCAGCCCCCUCCUCUUCCCAACACAACCCAGCCCCCUCCUCUUCCCAACACAACCCAGCCCCCUCCUCUUCCCAACACAACCCAGCCCCCUCCUCUUCCCAACACAACCCAGCUCCCCUCCAACACAAACCCAGCCCCCUCCUCUUCUUCCCAACACAACCCAGCCCCCUCCUCUUCCCAACACAACCCAGCCCCCUCCUCUUCCCAACACAAACCAGCCCCCCUCCUCUUCCCAACACAACCCAGCCCCCCUCCUCUUCCCAACACAACCCAGCCCCCUCUUCCCAACACAACCCAGCUCCUCUUCCCAACACAACCCAGCCCCCUCCUCUUCCCAACACAACCCAGCCCCCUCCUCUUCCCAACACAACCCAGCUCACCUCCUCUUCCCAACACAACCCAGCCCCCCUCCUCUUCCCAACACAACCCAGCCCCCAGCUCACCUCCUCUUCCCAACACAACCCAGCCCCCUUCCUCUUCCCAACACAACCCAGCUCCCUCUGCCUACCCACACAACCCAGCCCCCCCUCUUUCCUCCCGACACAACCCAGCCCCCUCUUCCUCCCGACACAACCCAGCUCCCUCUUCUUCCUGACACAACCCAGCUCCCUCUUCUUCCCAACACAACCCAGCUCCCUCUGCCUACCCACACAACCCAGCCCCCUCUUCCUCCCGACACAACCCAGCCCCCUCUUCCUCCCGACACAACCCAGCUCCCUCUUCUUCCUGACACAACCCAGCUCCCUCUUCUUCCCAACACAACCCAGCUCCCUCUGCCUACCCACACAACCCAGCCCCCUCUUCCUCCCGACACAACCCAGCCCCCUCUUCCUCCCGACACAACCCAGCUCCCUCUUCUUCCUGACACAACCCAGCUCCCUCUGCCUACCCACACAACCCAGCUCCCGUCUUAAUUCCCCACACAACCCAGCUCCCUCUUCUUCCUGA